UAUCUACGUUUUGUUUUGGGGACUUUGCAAGGACUCUGUUGUGCAUACUCCGGACCAUAGAAAAGCGCACAUAAUACUUACGGUAAAAAAGAAUUGAGAAAAAUGAUUACUUCUCGCAUCCUCACGAGACUAACCAGGCCAGUUUUGGAACUGGAGGCACAGCAGGCCAGGAAGUUCGGAAAUCUUGAAACCAUCGAACAUAUUAAGAAACUGCAGAAAAGGUUCGCAAUCAAGGACGGCGUCCCCCUGUAUCUAAAGAGGGGUUUGCCAGACGCGAUUCUGCACAAGCUGUCGAUGAUUGGUGUACUGGGCGGUACCGCUUACUCGUAUUACAUGCUGUUCCUGUUGGCCUACGGCAAGGCGAAGUAAUAUGUUCAAGUCACAAAUAAGGUUGAAGAAGUACAUUUUUACAAUUAGGUCGUCAUGGUGAAUAUAUCGUAGAAUUAUAAAUAAAACAAACAAGUUAAAAAUAAUUUUAUGUUAAUUGUA